GCCCCUUGAAGGACGAUAUCGCAGAUUUCAUUGCAGGCACGGCAUGCUUUGCUCAAGGCCAAAACAUCCGUGAUGAAGCGGUGCUUUGCGGAUGCUGCCGUCUUGCAAGCAUGGGAGGCUCAGGUGGCCAGGGUGAAGGUUUGGGCUCCCAGGUCAGGCUCCGUGAUGCUGCAAGGAACAACCCUGAUGAUGCGAAGCGAGUUCGGCAGCACAUCAACAGUCAGCUUUCUGAUGCAGACCGUCUGGGAGCUUUGUUACAUGUCCUUAUGAAGGAGGCCGCAGAUUGGGUGCUUCCAAACCAUCAGAUGAUCCCUGCUGCUGCCGAAGGCAGGAACGUCUUUCUUCAGGUGGUCAAGCGCAAUCCUUCAGCGCAGCAUCGUGUGCGUGCAGCAGAUGCACUGGCCAAGCAACUAAGCCACCUGGAUGUUUGUGUGGCUGUGCAUAGCACGGUCACUGCGUCAGCGGAUGAUGCAUCUGUGUCUUUGUUGCCACAACGGCAGACCUCCGGCAGCAUGGACCUCCUUUUGUUCGAUCCUCCUCGUGUGCAGAGCAUCCCAGAAGCCAUGGAAGGUGUGACAGAGUGGACAGAGACUCAGGUGGACACUCGGUAUGUGCCGAAGGGUCUGCCGCUGUUGCCAGAGUACCUGCAGCAAGAGGCCUCCACUCUCGUGUCGCACAUGGCACGUAUGCAAGCCAUAGUGGGAAGUCCUCGUGAGACAGCUCUUGUCAUUGUCCACUCAGAUGAGGGUGCCAAGCCUCAGCUGGCGGUGCUGGAACGUUUCCUGGACUACGGCUUAGUCCAGUCUGAGUUUCUUCGCGAUGACAGCAGCGGUUGGUUGUUGAGCAAGGAUGCGCUUUCCCACCUCAGUCUCCAGCUGCAACUGCGCAAACCUGAGCCGGUGUUCUCUAGGCCAGGCGGCCCUCCUGCGUUGACUUGGUCAAGGAUGCAGCUCCUUUGUUUCCUACACAGCGAAGGGUGGGAGUGUCACUUUUUGACUGACAAAGAGGACAAGAAUUCAGUUUUGCCUCUCGACCUGUCCUUUCGAACUUCCGACGACAAAUGCAUUUACGUCUUGCAAGGAACCCUCCAUAGACGCUACUUGACUGUGCUUGCAUUUGCAGAUGCUGGUCUUCGGUUGUGCACUGAUGACAGUGAAGAGCCGAAAAUCCUGCACUUUGAGCCACUGGCCUACUACGACAAGCUGCUGGGCUUGGAUGUGGCGACGCAGAAGAAAACAAGGCAUGCCUUGCAAGAUGCUGGCGCUGUGCCAGCCAAUGCUUUCCAGCGGCCUGAAGUGGAUAGUAAUCCUCUCGAAUUUCAACCUGAGUUGAGCGACAUGCCACUGCAGGCUGAUGCGGCUCCGGGCGAUGAUGUCAACAUCGAUGCAGGAGGCAUUGGCUCUCCACUUCGUUUCGAGGAUGACUUCGAAGGCGCGGACGCCGAGGAACUGAUGGCGCUUUUUGACUCGGACGACGAAGCCAAGGAGGCUUCUGGUUCAAGUUCCGGUUCCAGCAAAUCCUCGAGUUCUUCCAGCUCUUCUUCCAGUGAUUCCAGUGGCGACAGCAACGACGCCGGUGAUGACCCAGAUCCUAAUGCUGAGGCUCCUGCUGCUCCUGUGGAUCGGCGAAGGCCGCGGCCCGAGCAACAGGAUGAAGCUCCGCCUGCUGCUCGACAGCGUCGGGACGAAACCUUCGAAUGGCGGGGCUUUCGAUUCACCUUUCGACCGGGAGGGCAGGCCAAGAACCCUGCUUACAUGGUCCUGUGCCGGUACCAUUCGCGAAGUCAUAUGGGCACCAGGUGCACACGGACGUUGUCUUAUGCGAGCGAGGCUGAUAAGGACCUUGUGCUCAGGAAACUCAAGUCCUGGUGUGUCCGAGCAGCUGACUAUGAGUACACCAGCCCCGACCCGCAGAGGCUGCUUCAUCAGCAGUACGAUCGUGCAGGAGCAAACGUUUUGACGGAUGCAGAACUCGAAGCUGCAGCAUUGCCUCCAUUGCCCAGUCGUGACUGA